CCAGCUGAUUUACCUGUCAGUUGAGUCAAGCUGUCAAAAUAACAUAACCUAAAAAAACACAAACUGAAUAGAACCUGAAAAACUGAAAGCAAACCUAUAAACAGAAGAAAAUAAUACAUUAUUAAUUUGUGAUGUGUAUUCAGUUUGAAAGUUCUGCAAUAUAAAAACAUGAACAUUUUGAGGUUAUCAAGACCUAUCAAACAGGCUAACUUACUGAAGAUUUUCAGUGUAAAUUAUGCGACACAACAUCCUACGAAAUUUAUGGAAACACAAGAUCGGUGGAGAGAACAGGAUAAUGUGUCCAGACGAUGGCAGUUAAUAUACAAAGCACCUAUGGAGAAAUGGCUGAACUAUCUAUCAGUGUAUCUAACAGUUUCCACCACUACUGUGGCUGGCAGUGGCUUGUACUACGGCAUAUUUCAAUUUAAUAAAGAAACCAUGAACGAUCCAAUUGUAUUUGGAGAAGAUGUAGUCAUAGCUAAUAGUGCCACAGAAUGUCUUGUUUACAUUGGAGCAUUUGUUGCAUUUCAUAUCGCUUUGAAGAUAUUAUUAUCUAAAUAUGUUGUACGCAUGUACCAAGACGGUGAUAAUUAUUUAGCAGUUUUCCGUGGCCACAUGUACAACACGAUCAAUAAACACGAAUUUAAGUUAAACGAGUUCAAGAAACUCAAGCCAACUUUAGUAGUGUCUUGGAGUGAUGCCAGAUUCUCACUUGGAUCAAAACAAGCUAUCUUAUUAGAAAAUUAUUUCAAAACUCCUGAAUAUUUUAACUAUUUACUAACCAAGAGAAGAGUUAAAGGUGCCGAUGAAGAUGAUUAAAUUAUGUAUGUAGUUAUAAAUAGGGAAUAAGUAGUAUGUUUAAUACACCAUAAAUUAAUAAAUAAAAAACUUAUAAACA